CUCCGCCAGCCAAGAAACCAGCAAAAAUACUUCACAAUGGAUGUAGACGAUGAAGAAAACAUGAGUUCGAGCAGCACUGAUGUUAAAGAAAACCGCAACGUGGACAACGUUCCUCCCAAGGACAGCGGUGGGCAAGGGGCCGGGGAGGGGACGCAGCUCUCCAACGGUGGUGGCAGCAGCAGCAGGAAGAGACCUUUGGAGGAGGGCAACAAUGGCCAUUCCAAAUUCCGCCCAAAGAAGAGGAAGAAAACGCCCGGCCCUGUUCUGCCAAAGAACGCCCUGAUGCAACUGAAUGAGAUUAAACCCGGUUUACAGUACAAACUCCUCUCCCAGACAGGGCCAGUCCAUGCCCCCAUGUUCGUGAUGGCAGUUGAAGUCAAUGGGCAGGUAUUUGAGGGGUCUGGCCCAACGAAAAAGAAAGCCAAACUUCAUGCAGCCGAGAAGGCACUGCGGUCUUUUGUCCAGUUCCCAAACGCCUCAGAAGCCCAUCUGGCAAUGGGAAGGACUCUGUCGGUCAACACGGACUUCACAUCUGACCAAGCAGACUUCCCCGACACCCUUUUCAAUGGAUUUGAAACGCCAGUCCCUUCCGAUGCUUCCUUUUAUGUUGGGUCCAACGGGGAUGGGUCCUUUAGCUCCAGUGGGGACUAUGGUUUGCCGUCGUCUGCUGUAGCCAGCAGCCUUUCCCAGUCACCUCUCCCCCCUCCAUCACCCUACCCCACUGCCAGUGGAAAGAACCCUGUCAUGAUCCUCAACGAGCUGCGGCCAGGGCUGAAGUACGAAUUUCUCUCAGAGAGCGGAGAGAGCCACGCCAAAAACUUUGUCAUGGCUGUGGUGGUGGAUGGUCAGACUUUUGAAGGCUCGGGAAGGAAUAAAAAGCUGGCAAAAGCUCGGGCUGCUCAGUCGGCCCUGGCAUCCUUGUUUAACAUGCAGCUGGACCAGACUCCAUCUCGACAGCCCAUUCCCAGCGAGGGGCUCCAGUUACACUUGCCACAG